AUGAUGGCAGAGACGUUCCGGGGGCUGGUGGAGCGGCAUGUCCCGGUCGUGAUACCGGGGCUGCUGCGGGAUCGGCCGAGGCUGUGGCGAGAGUGGCAACGCACGUCGUACCUCGUCGACCGGAUGGGCGGGCGCGACGUCGUCGUUGCCCUCACGCCAGACGGUCGGGCCGACGAUCUCGUACCCCUCCCCUCUGCUGCCCAAGACUCACCUCCUUCAUCGUCGUCGUCGUCGUCGGUGGGGAAGGAAGGACAGCCUGGAGAGCGUCCCGGCGGCGCGGCGAGGGUGUUUGCGCUCCCCUACGACGUCACGGUACCCUUUGACCGACUCAUCGACCAACUGGCACGCCAACAACAACAACAGCAGCAGCGAUGCGAAGAUGCGGAAGCGGGAGCGGGGUGCGUGGCGUACCUGCAAUCCCAGAACUCGAACCUCGAUACCGCCGGACCGUUGAGUGGCGACCUGGCACCGCUCUUCGAGGACCUGUGCGCGCACGACGACGGAUCGAUCCGCGCCGAUAUCGACUGGGCCACCGAGGCCAUGGGACAGCACCCCGAGGCUACCAACAUCUGGAUCGGAACGGGUCGCAGCACCACGAGCAUGCACAGGGACCAUUACGAGAACCUCUUCACCGUCGUGCGCGGCACAAAGACGUUCACCGUCUUUCCACCCAAUGAAGGCAGGUUCCUCUGCGACGACGAAGAGUUCGACGUCUACCGCUACCGUCCCACCACUUCUUCCCAGACCUCAAACGGUCUGCCGACCGAGCUGGAACUACACAGGGACAGAGAGACGCCACGGACGCGCUGGAUCCCCAUCGACCCGACGCAGCCAAAGACGUCGCUGCGCAAUCGAAGAUACGUCCACCGCCACCUGGAUGCGCCAUCCCACUGCCAGGAUGACACGGCGGCGAGCAACGACAAGUCGCCGGCACCGGAUCCGGCGCUGCAGCGUUAUGGCUACGCUCUGCCGCCCCUCACGAUCCGAGUCGAGGCGGGUGACACGCUCUACCUCCCCAGCGGGUGGUAUCACCACGUCGCGCAGCAGGAGGAUCAAGGUACACCGGGAGGCGAGGCGGGCCCGGAUCUGUGCCUGUGCCUGAACUGGUGGUACGAGAUCUCUGACGACAUGGCGCUGCGGCUGGCCGAGAUGGAUGACGGAACAGCGGAUCUGGAUGCGGCGCCGUACGAGCAGUGA